AUGCCGUUGCUUGACACACUCGAGGCCUUGAACGGUCUAAUCAACCCUGCUGCAAACGGCACUAUCGCCUCCCUGUGGCGCCGGCUUGAAGUCGACUUUCUCGCUAAACGCGACCAAGUCAUUAACGCCCAAAAGACCAACAAGACCAAAACACCCACUUUUGGCUUUCAAAACUGGGCUUUGACCCACGUCCACCCCAAGGUCUUGGUCUGGGCCACCGACGAUUGUUACAUUGACGGCAACGCAUCCCUAUCAGACGACAUUCUCAGACGCUGGAAGUCCACCCUGGCCCAUCUGAGCACCUCACUUGGCGUGAUUGCCUUUUUGUUCGGCAUCACUAUUGUCGGUUCUCGCACCUGCUGUGACGCUCUGCGCAGCCUCUGUCGUGCGAUUCCAAGACUCACGUUAAACGACAUCUUCGCUCGAUUUGUUGAUCGGCUACAGAACGAGAAGAGAGCCCACGGACGAACACCAGAAUUCCUUUUUAAACAAGUCAUACAGGCCUGUACGCAUCUCCAUCUCCGCAUGCUCCUUCUCAGCCAUUAA